AUGGUCUAUUUAGACGAUAUCCUUAUUUACACAGAGACACGUGAAGAACAUGUGAAACUUGUUCACAUGGUUCUGAAGAAACUCCGGGCCGAACUUUAUGCCAAAUUGUCCAAGUGUGAAUUUUAUCAGGAAAGCGUUGAUUACCUCGGCUAUCAAAUCUCCCACAAGGGGAUAGAAAUGGACCCCGCUAAGGUCAAGGCUGUCACUGAAUGGGAGGCCCCACGUACACGGGGAUCUAAGCCCAAAUCUAGCAAACCAUUGGACUGGACUAUGGAGUGUCAAGCUGCUUUCGAAAAGCUGAAACGCCUCUUUGCGGAGGAACCGGUCCUGAAGCACUCUGACAUGGACGCACCUUUUGUGGUCCAGGCUGACGCCAGUGAUGUGGCGGUGGGGGCGAUACUGCUUCAAGCAAGCCAAGUUGUUCUGACUUUCGUUGGUUUCUUUCUUUGGGGAACUUCCUUGUUCUUACUGUUUGGAGGAAUAUUUGUGAUCCUUACCUACAAAAACUAUGGAGCUUUCUUUCCAAAUCAAUUCUUCCCUCUGCCGGGUUGGCUGGCUAUCCUGACUGCUGCUUUGCUUUUACUAGCUGGGUUGUUGGCAGUCUACAACCCUGUGAGAAAUUCUCAUUAUAGUCAAGGAAUUCUAAUGUAUUUGCUGCUGGUCCUGUUCUGUCUGGAAACUUCCUCGGUCGCCAUGACCCAAGUCUACUCUGCUAAAGCAUGCUACCAACUGAAAAGCAGUCUGGGUCACUUUUUCCACCAAUACAACGGGAGUUCUCCACAUCAUUGCAGCACUGAGAUGGUGAACUCCGUCCACAAACAAUUAAAGUGUUGUGGGAUCUACAAUUACACUGACUGGACAGAAGGGCUCCCAAAGUAUCUCCAGAAUGGACACGUCCUUGUUCCAGAAAGCUGUUGCAAAGAGACUUUCUUGGAUUGCAAUGGUGACCUAAACCAAUCAGAGAAACUCUUCAACGAAGGAUGUCUUAUGAAGCUACAGAAAAGGCUGAGGUUUAUCACACAGUAUAUGGAUUGGUGUUGUGUGCUGGCCAUUUGCCUGGAAGUAUUAGCUGCUAUCAGCAAUGGAAUACUAAUGAAGGCACCCCCAGCCCAAGACUUUCACAUUAUGGAUUCUUCUGCUUUUUCUUAA